CGGAGGCCUCUUGAUCUCACCUUAUCCUCACUCGCCGGUGCGGAUGGAGAUCUCGGAGGACGGGCGCCGGCUGUCGACGACCUCAACCGAUGGGGAGGAGUUCGCAUACGACGUAUUCUUGAGCUUCAGAGGGGAAGACACAAGGAAGGGUUUCACGGGCCACCUCCACCAGGCGCUAAAACAGCGUGGACUUGGAGUCUUCAUAGACAACGAAGAUCUGGAAAAGGGCAAAGUAAUUGAAGAGCUGUUCAAGGCCAUUGAGGCAUCCAAAGUGUUCAUACCCAUUUUCUCGAAGCGGUACGCAGAGUCCAAGUGGUGCCUUAGAGAGAUCUCCCAUAUAAUGAGAUGCGAGCGGCUGACCCUGCCGAUAUUCUUCGAUGUCAAGCCCUCCGACGUCCGGAACCAGGAGGGCCCGUAUAGAAAAGCAUUUUUUGAUCACGAGAUGAACGGAGAAUUAGACAAGGAAACGGUGGAAAACUGGAGGAGCUCCUUAACGAAAGCAGGGAAAACUUCAGGCUAUGAUCUCCAGUAUGACAUGGACGGGAACGAGGCAGCGCUGGUCCGGGAAGUUGUUGCCAGAGUGCUAAGGGCACUAAACAAAACUCUCUUAGAGGUCGCAAUGCACCCAAUUGGGAUUGAUUCUCGUGUUGUUGAUGUAAUGAAGCUUCUGAAAAUUGUAGACAAUGAUGUUUACAUAGUGGGGAUACAAGGAAUGGGUGGAAUUGGCAAAACCACCAUCGCCAAGGCCAUCUACAACAAAUUAUAUGUCGAUUUUCAAGGCAGUAGCUUCAUUUCAGAUGUCAACAGCAUCUUCAAACAACCCCGCGGACUCAUUAGCUUGCAGAAGCAACUCAUUGAAGACAUAUUAGGCGACCAAGUUUCCUCCAUAUGCAGUAUUUCUCAGGGGAUUAGGAUGAUCAAACAGAGGAUACGCUACAUGAGGGUUUUGAUUGUUCUGGAUGAUGUUGAUCACAAGGCGCAACUGAACGCACUGGCUGGGGCAAAAGACUGGUUUGGUCGUGGUAGCAGAAUCAUCAUCACAACAAGAGAUGAGCAGGUGUUGCUAGUUCAUCAUGUACAACCACAUCAAAUUUACAAGCCAACAAUACUAAACGAGUCCGACUCAACUCAACUGUUUCUUAAGCACGCUUUUGGGAAUCAGCAACCCAAUGAAGAGUACCUUGAGUUAUCCAAAAGGGUUGUUGCAGCCAGUGGAGGGCUACCCUUAGCUCUUGAGGUAUUCGGGUCGCAUUUAAGUUGCAAAAGAAAUGCACAAGACUGGGAAGACAUGAUCGAGAACUUGAAGCACAUACAGCCAGAUGAUGUUCACCGCAGACUGAAGAUUAGCUAUGAUGGUCUCGCAAAAGAAGAGCAGCUUAUUUUCUUGGACAUUUCGUGCUUCUUUAUUGGCAGGGACAGAGAAAGAGCAACCCAUAUGUGGUUGGAUCAUGGCUUUUCCCCCUAUAUGGCAAUCCAGGUUCUUGUGCAAAAAGCCCUCGUUAAGAUAAAUACUGUGAAUCAGAAGUUUGAGAUGCACGAUCAGAUAAGGGAUUUGGGCAGAGAAAUUGUUCGACAAGAAAGUCCUUUUGCCCCCGAAAUGAGGAGUAGAUUGUGGAUUACUCGGCCGAUAUUGGACGUCUGGCAAACUCCUCAAGGAGCAAGGAUGUUGCAAAGCAUUACUCUCAAUUCCAGGCAGUCAAGGUACUUGAGCGCUAAGGCAUUUGAAGCAAUGCCUAAUCUUAGAUUCUUCCAUGCCAUUGGCAUAAGCUUUCAAGGGAGAUUCCGAUAUUUUCCUAACAAAAUGAAAUGGCUGGAGUUGGAAUCCUGCAACUUUGAUUACCUGCCAUCUCAAUGUCAGCUCGAGAAGGUUGUGGUCCUUGAUCUUUGUCAGAGUAAUCUGGCUCGAGCUUUCACCAAGCUGUGCUUAUUGGAGGAGGAGGUAUUUGUCGCAAUGAAAUUCCUCAGGAUUUGUUCUGAAGAUCUAACUUCAACACCUAAUUUCUCUGCUACUCCUUUCGUGGUGAAUCUGAUGUUUGAUGAAUGUAGAAUGUUAAAUGGGGUUCAUCAAUCUAUCGGGAAUCUUAAGAAUUUGACAUGUUUGGAUUUGAGAUCUUGCUGCAUGCUUGAGAAAUUACCUGAUACUAUCUGCCAAUUGAGUUCUCUAAAAAUGCUCAAUCUGUCAGACUGCAGAAAACUCUCUUCUUUGCCGGAACAACUGGGGGGCCUGGCAUCGUUGAGGGAGCUUACACUUGACGGCACGAGCAUAGGAAUUAUACCCGAUUCAAUAGGGCGCCUUGAAAACCUGUAUUUUUUAUCUGUAGUGGAUUGCUUGUUGUUAAAAAAACUUCCUCAAUCCAUUCAGGGUUUGAACUCAUUACAAAAGCUCGGAAUUAAAGGCACUUCCUUGGAAGGACUACCACGAAACAUUGAUGAUCUUAUGAACAUCGGGACAGUUAAUGCUUCAUGCUGUAAUUGGCUUUCUCUAUUGCCAAAUUCAUCCUAUAAAACAGUAAGAUCCCUGCAUUUUUCUGAUCUGAGAUGCUCAACAAUUGCAGAAUUGCCAGAUUCUAUUGGAAAGCUGGAAAACCUCGAGAGGCUUUCAUUGGAGUGCAAGAAUCUCAAAUGUAUUCCUGCUUCUGUUGGAUUACUGGAAAGGCUUUCGAGUUUCUCGCUAUGUGGUUCUCAGUGGAUUAAAGACUUUCCGGCUCCCAUGGGAAAUUUGAAAAAUCUGGUUCAGUUAGAAAUAUCUGGAACUGGCAUGGUUGAAAUGCCUUACUGUAUUGCAGACCUCACAAAUUUGAGAAGCUUAAAUUUAAGCCACAAUUCGAAACUGCUCAUUUCUCUUUCUGGUUUAACUGCCCUCUCUUUCUUGGAAGUGUUGAUUGCCCACAGUAGUAGUUGGGCAGAUGAUGAUGACUCCGACCAUGGUGACUUUGGGAACCUCUCGUCACUUAAGAUCAUUGACCUCAGAGAGAGCCAUUUCAGUGUACUACCUUCAAGUAUAACCAGAAUUCCUGUCCUCCAGGAACUCAAUUUAGGAAGCUGCAUGGAGCUUCAGUCCCUUCCUGGACUUUCUGCUUCUCUGGUCUGUCUUGAUGCCUUCAAGUGCACCAACAUAAAAAUGAUAGCGGAUGUUUCAAAUUUGGAAUCCAUGAAGGAAUUGCAUCUUGAUGGCUGCAGUCUGCUGGUCGACGUUUGUGGCCUUGAAAGGCUACCAUCAUUGGAGAUCUUAACUUUGAGAGACUGUCACAGCCUUGGAGAUGCUUUCAAGCAGAGAGUGUUUAAGGAAGCAACCUUCCAGCAAUUGCAUAAAUUUGAGGCCUCCGGAACAAUGAUUCCUCACUUUUCUGUUGGUUCACAAAUAUCUUUCAUGUUUCCUAGAGCACCAACAGGAGAUCAGUUGGUCAUAGAAUUCCUCUUCUUACAAGGUGUCUCAAAGCCCGUUCAACCCUUCCUCAGGAAGCCCAUAGCUGAACCUGUCACAGAGCACGUCCACAUUACAGUCAUAACAGAUGGGAGUGUCGUCUUUCAGACCAGACGGUUAAUGGAAUGCUCUUUCGUUGUGUUUGAGAAGGAAGACGAAAUAUUUAGGCACUUAAGGGAGGGGCAGCAUGUAAUACAGGUAUCGGCAGAUUCGGCAGAGGCGGAAGGCUUGACUGUUGGUGAUAUUUGGGUUCGAUAUGAGAAGGGAGGAGAAAAAGGGUCAUAAGACAAGGUCGUGUUGAUAUCUUGCUAGCUGCUGCUGAUUAUAAGCAACCAGAAGCCAUCUUCCUGAUUAUUGUAUCAUAUGCUGUAAAGUUGUAAACUUUCUUCCUCUGCUAUCCUUCAGUAAGAACAACCAAGAAACUUGCAAGUCAAAAACUCCUCAAAAUGGUGGCAGAUGUCUAUUCUCGUGCUUGAGUCCCAAUGUCAAUUAAUAUUGAAACAGAAUUGCACCUUCCGAGCAGCAAAACCAAGCUAUGCGUGUUUGUCCUGUUUUUUCCUGCUCUAUCAUUAUUUGUAGUUUGUAUGUCCGUCUGCACUGCUGUUUACUACAGCAGAGGGUGCAGACA